GGUGCGCAGUAGAUAUAGUGGUGGUAAUGGUGUUUCAGAUCCAAACGCCAUUGUUGGACUUGAAGCUUUUCUUUAUAUAAAAAUUACUGAAGAAAUAAGUGAAUUAAUUAGGUGAACAGAAACUUUAGUGUAAGUGAAAAUUUCGUGAAGGGAUUUUUAUUUAUAGUAGUGAAACAAUAGAAAGACUGGUCAAUGUCAGCAGGCGUGUCAGAACAGCGGAUGAAAGGACAAGGAAAUCAAGUGUCCAAUGGCCCUAAGGAACAGUUAGGAGCAGGUGAAGGAGCCAGUGGCUCAGAAGAAUUUGAACCAUGGAGAUCUCAGCAACAAAAUUCAGCUGCUCAUACCCCUUAUGGAGGCUCAGUACCAAUCUCCAGUGCAACAGAUAUUUACAACAUGGGUACAGCAGGUUAUUAUGGAAGUGGGGGAACAUACACCUAUCAAGGAUAUGGAGUUGGAGAUGGAACUUGGUCAAAUGGGACAGAUAUGACAUUUUUAGGAGGAUAUCAUCAUGAAUCUUAUUCUAUGGAGGGUAUGUUUGGACCAUCUACAACAUUUUCAACUCCAGCUUUUGGCCAACCAUCUUCUUUCAACUAUUUUCACAGCAACGGUGACUACAAUACAUGGGGAAGUCAAUUGGGAGGACAGAGGAAGUACGAUGAGUACUAUCGAGACCCUCAGAACAUGUAUCCUCCCGCUAUGACCGACUCUGCGCUGAAGGGUGUCGAACAGGGAAUGCAAAAUUUAGAACUGAAAUCUUCUGACGGGUCAAAAGAUUCUCUGGGCGGCCAGAAAAAGGCCACUUGGGCGAGUAUUGCCAGUCAACCGGCCAAACCCCAGUUAACGGUGCAGAAUCCCGGUCUGAAGAAAAAGGGACCUGGAAUGCCGCCCGGCCCCAUAGUCCCCGGCAAGCAUAACAUGGACAUUGGAACCUGGGACACGGGAAAAAGUGCACCCCCUCAAUUGCCGAUUGUCAAUCAGUUAAAUCUUCAACAGAACAUCCCGAAGGCAGUCAAUCCGGGAUUGACUGUAAGGCCUGUCUGGAAUGGACCCCCAGCUGCUAGACCUGCUCCUCCUCCAUCGGCUCAAAGACCAGGACCUCCUCAGCAUCAACAUCCUAUGCAGAGCUACCAACCUCCCACAAUAAUGCCUCCACAUUUACCGCCUCCUGUAACUAUGCCUACAACUGGACAUAUGCAGGGCAUCAUGCCUCCUAACCCGAUCCCCAUGAUGGUGCAACAGCAGCAGCAGCAACAACAACAGCAGCAGCAACAGCUCACGCACCCAGUCCUGGACGAGCUGCGCGUCAAGAACAACUACAACCCCACCGAUUUCGAUCUGAUGGCCCCCAACGCGCGUUUCUUCGUGAUCAAAUCGUAUUCGGAGGACGACAUCCACCGUUCGAUAAAGUACGAGAUCUGGUGCUCGACGGAACACGGCAACAAGAGGCUGGACCAGGCCUACAGGGAGCGCGAGGGCAACGGGGCCGUCUAUCUGUUUUUCUCGGUGAACGGUUCCGGUCACUUUUGCGGCAUGGCCCAGAUGGUCUCGCCGUUGGACUACAAUUCUAAUAGUUCGGUGUGGUCGCAGGACAAGUGGAAAGGACAGUUCAAAGUUAGGUGGAUUUACGUGAAGGACGUUCCCAAUGUUCAGUUUAGGCAUAUCCGUCUGGAGAAUAACGAGAACAAGCCAGUUACUAAUUCCAGGGACACUCAGGAGGUGCCGCAUUCCAAGGGCCUGAUGGUACUACGCAUAAUGCACUCCUUUAGAAAUACCACUUCUAUAUUUGACGAUUUUGUGCAUUACGAGAAGAGGCAAGAAGAAGAGGACAAUAGGAAGGUACCGACAAGUAAGGAUGGACACGACAUGAUUCAUAGAGAGCAUCAUAACAGGGAAAGGGGGGAUAAUCACAGGAGCGGUGGUCGAAAUCACGAUCGUGACAACGAGAGGGACAACCACAGGCCAUCUGGACACAGGCACAGUGACCAUCAUGUGCCGCAUCAUAAGGACCGAGGAGAAAACAAUAGAGGCCGUGGUGGAAGAGGAGGGCGCAAUUAAUAAAAAUUAAAAAAAAAAAAAUACAAUUAACAUGAUGUUAUUCUUGAAAAUACCUGUCAUGGCUGCUCUUUAUUGUAGUGUUAUCUAGCUUGUUAAUUCACAUAGACAUGAUUAUUAUUGCAAUUAUCUGUUUUUCACCUACGAUUCCCUGGUAUAUAUAAAAUAAAUCAUUUAUUUUCAUGAGAAUACUCAGCAGGAAGUGUUGAAAAGUAUCUUAAUGAAAAUUUAUAUAUAUAUAUGUUUCUUGAAAUUAUCUUCAAUGAUUGCACUUGGAUAAUUUCAUGAAAUAAGGACUUGUGUGUCUGUGCUAACUUUGAUCUUUAUUUCUGUUAAUCGCAUUAACCUUCUUGUUCAACAGUAGAAUAAUUUUUCAUUUAAAAUCUGUUUUUUUACUGUUUCAUUUAUAGGAAGUGAGCUGAAUAGUAGUUUUUAAAAAUUCUUCCACCUUCGGAGAUUAAAUUCAAUGUAUGUGAAAUUCGCAUUAAAAUUUUAGCUUUCUUUUUAUGAAUGAAGCAAAACCAAUGAAUUGGGUCUAUGUGAUGUUGAAAAGCAAAACUAAAACUUUUUUCAGUUGAUUAUGUAUGGGUUAAACAUUGUUUUUAAAGUGGAACGGUACAUGGAUAUGAUUAUAUAUUAAUAUAGUUCUAAAUUUUCAAAGCGACCCCAUUUCUGACCACUCUUCGGAUUGAAUCAAUCAAAUAACUUGAACAGUGCAGUGUUUAUUUGUUUUUCAAUGUGGAACUUUCAAAUAAAUUGAAUUGUACUAUAAAACGGACAAUAUCAACUAUAGUGAAAUCUAAACUGAAAGUGUUUUUUCUGGACAAUUGUUUAAUUGAAAAUUUUGGAAGUGAUCAAGGACUGUUUCUUCUGAUGGUUUAGAACAUACCAAAUUGGACGCUGUUCUGUGAAAAGUGAACUUUGAAGCUGAAGGUUUCUCCAAAAUAGUGAACACAUCGGCCGAACCUUCUAUAUUCUUCUCAUUAGAUCGUAUUUCAGUUAUUUCCACUUGAUUCAAUAUGGUCAUGAACUUUUUAUGCAAUUUAGAAAUAUUUGUUGGGGUGAUGAAUAGUUUAAUUAAUGAUAAUGACUAGGAAUUCUGAGGCUAUGAAAAAGAUUGUUCUUUUCCAAAUUUUAAACAAAUUCGUUUUAAUGAAAAUAAUGUAAUGUAUAGAAAUAUAUGCUUAUAUAAGUUACUAUGUUUUCAAUCAUUAAAACUCUUUACUAAAAGUUAUUUUCAAAUUGGAAGUGUUUUUAGGGGAAACUUUCCUUUUUGGAUUAGUAAAAAUAUACUCCUUAUUUGAAAUGUAAUGUUAUAUCCAGUUGAUACCUACUUCAUUUAUAAUUUGGGACCAAAUCGUAUCUUGAUUUGAAUGUAAAUUUUUUGAUAAAUUAUUCAUAAAAUUCAGUAAUCAGUUUCCAAUAGUUAAUUGUGAAGUGUUCUUGUUCUUUGAAAAUCAUCCAUAGGGAAGAAAAAGCAUACUGUAAAAAAUAAUUAGUUAAAUUCAGAAUACAACAUUGUCUAGAAAUCAUUUUUCAACAUGUUCAUUAUAAUUAAAGUUGCAAUAGUAGAAAUCAUUACUUCAAAAUCUUAUGUACAUACAAUAAGUAAAUUUUAUUUCGAAGAAAUGAUUGAAAAAUUAAAUUUUGAUCUUUUUGCUUAAAACUGAAAAAAGGGUAUUUUUGUAUAAUUGAAAAUGAAUUUAUUCGAUGUUGAAAUAAAGAUAAUCGAUUAAUUUUUUCGUUUUUCGAAGGCUAACUUUUUUUAUGAACUACACCUUAUACAACACCCAAGCAAGUUUUCAACGUCAUCUGUGUGACAUAAAUUAAUUAAAUUAAAUAUUGAUUGGAUGUAACUUGCAGAUGAAAAUCUUCAAAAUCAGAUAAUAAGUUGAAGAAUAAAUUGUUAUCAAAUGAAUUAUAUAUAAUUAACUAAUUAUAAUUAACUUUUGGGUUCAAUUGAAUGUUAAUGAUUUGAUUCCAAGAUGAAUCUAGUUCAAAUAGUUAAUAUUCUGAUAAAUCCUGGAUGUUCAGACAGAAAUAGAUGAUUUUGGGCUUUUAGUCAAUUUUUUUACAUCUCUGACAUUUGUUGAUAACUGUAAAUAAUUUGUAGAAAAACUGGAUUAUCAAAAAUUUCAGGUUGGAUUUCUUUUUUAUAUGUAUAUUGUUAUUGAAACUUGGCACUAAGAAUUCCGUAGUCUUGUUUUCACUGUGCCUAAUAUGUUAUAUAUAAUUAGGUGUUUGUCACCUUUAUUGGUGAGCUUGUGAUUGUAUUUGAUUGACAUUCGUGAUCCGAAAGUGGACAAAUCUUUUGUUGAUAAUAUCAAUAAAGCAUCAGAACAAAUUAAUA